UCAUCACCUGACCGGAAGCAUUUCCAGGCAACAUGGCGGAUGAACAACAACAAGAGGAAGGGAUGUCCCAAAAGGAGCUCGAUGGUUUGAAUUGUCUCGCAUAUGAUGAAGCUAUUAUUGCGCAACAGGACAGGAUUCAGCAAGAGAUUGCCACCAGCAUUCCACUCGUAUCAGAACGACAGGAUCUAGCAGUACUUAAAAAUGAAUAUGCUGAAGAUGACUCAAUUUACCAGCAAAAAAUAAGGGACUUACAGAAGAAAUACUCGUUCAUACGGAAGACGCGGCCCGACGGAAACUGCUUCUACAGAGCCUUCGGUUUUGCCUACUUGGAGUCAUUGCUGGAUGAUAGUAAAGAACUACACAGGUUCAAAGCCAUUGCUGCCAAGAGCAAACUGGACCUUGUGAGUCAAGGUUUCACAGAGUUCACCAUCGAAGAUUUUCACAACACAUUCAUGGACCUGAUCGAGGUGUGCGAUAAGCAGCCGUCCGUGGCAGAGCUGCUCAACUCCUUCAACGAGCAGAGCAUGUCUGACUACCUGGUGGUAUAUCUGCGCCUUGUGACUUCAGGCUACCUGCAGAGACAGAACGAGUUCUUCCAGUACUUUAUAGAGGGCGGACGCACCGUACGAGAAUUCUGCCAGCAGGAGGUGGAGCCCAUGUCCAAAGAGAGUGACCACAUCCACAUCAUUGCUCUAGCGCAGGCCCUGAGCGUGUGUAUCUUGGUGGAGUACAUGGACCGAGGGGAGGGAGGCACAGUGAACCACCACAUCUUCCCUGAGGAUGGAGAACCCAAAGUCUUCCUCCUGUACAGGCCGGGUCACUACGACAUAUUGUACAAAUAGCUGCUCAGGAGCAGUUCCCAACAUCGACUUCAAAGCUGUGAAACAUGAAUACAGUGGUGCUUGAAAGUUUGUGAACCCUUUAGAAUUUUCUAUAUUUCUGCAUAAA